UAGGGUAGGGUAGCAUAGUCCACCAGAUCACGGUUGAAGAUUCCAGUGGACAUCAGCUUCCAUCUUGAGAUGGACUACGAAGUACGGAGACUGGGCGUAGGGAGGCGGUAGAACUUCUUCCGUGACUACUAGACCGACCAUCAACCAGAUAAGAAUGAUCGACCUCUUCCUCCCACUAGGUAGAUCUAGCUGCAUCACCGAAGAAGAAGAAGAAGAAGAAGAAGAAGAAGAAGAAGAAGAAGAAGAAGAAGAAAAAAAAAACUUACGGGUAGCCGCAGCGUCAGAAGAAAAAGAAAAGAAUCCCAGCAAGCAUUUCGACCGAGAAGUCCUUCUCUGCCGCUGGUCCUGGCUGACGGUUGGUGCAAAUAUGUCGAUGCGUCUCAAGUUUGAGUCGGUGAUGGCCCCCUUCUCUCUCCCUUGCCAUUCACUUGAGAUGUGUUGCUCUUGGUGUCCUCUUUCGAAACGAUGGAGAUUCCGAGUCCGUUCAAUGGUUGGGAUGGAUGCCGGACAUGCUUCUAGCUUUUUCGUUUAGCCUCUCGGAAGGAUGUGGAAAGUGGGUAGUUCAACAACAACAAAGAAUGAUAGAUAAGCAGCAUGCCCCCUCGGAGAAAUUAGCCACUCAAAAAAUGUUGCCCUUAAGAUCUCUCUCGAAUCGAUCGUGAAAUAUGAUGGGUCAUGGAAGGAGAGAAAAAGAGCGGGAUCGGUAUG